CCGUGAUGGAUGCAGCACAAGUGGCAAGCAAAAGAAAAUAUAGGCUGAAGGAGCAGUUCUACCAUGUCCUGGCUGAGGUUGGAGCACAAAGGGAAAAACCAUAUAAGUGGAAAGAUGUCAUCACCAUGUUUAUCCGGUACCUGGCGCAGCGGCGGCCGAGCCUGCUGGACCCGCAGGACCGGAGCCGCGUCAUCUGCGAGGGCGAUCCGCUCGGCCGGGUGUUCGGCGUGCGUCACUUCACCAAGGACGAAACUAAGUCCUUGCUGCUGCAGCACCUGUCGCCGGUGGAUGAGGAGCUGCCGGCUCCGAUUGCCCCUGCCGCUGCCGCCGCCGCCGCCGCCGCCGAUGAAGCGUAG